CGCAUGCUCUGUUCAGUAAAGGUCAUGUGAAACGACCAGAGGAGACAACUUUCUUCUUGCAACAACAAACGGGACUCUAAAGUCUUAAUGAAAUGGCAGCGAGUAACAUAUGGACAUUGAGACGCUUUGGGCAUUUUGUGCCACAAACUGAACGAAAGCCUUGGAAGGUUUCAGAGGCAAAGGCCAAUGAGCCUAAAAUUGUCAUGACGUUGUUGGAAUCUGGAUAUUUGCUGGUGCUGCAAGGGCAAGAAAGCUUGGCCACAGUCCCUUUGCACGAUGGCUCCAACUCUCUUAAAGUACAGCACAAAUCUGAUAACCUGAUGAUCCGAUUUACUGUGAAGGGGGAGAGCCGCAUGAUAAGGAUGCAGUUUGAUGGCAGCAGCACAGCAGAGGCCGUAAAUCAGUGUUCAAGGGCUGUGGAAAAGUUGUUGGCGUAUGUUCCUGUCACCUCUCUGGAAGUUGCUGCGACACAUCCAAAUCAACCCCCCGUUGAGGUCCCACCAGCAGCACAGCAGGCAUGUCAGAGAAAGACUGGGCAGCCUGAGCCUGAAGCUGUCCACGGCUCUGUGUCCAUCAAGCGUCUUACUGAGCACUACCUGGGAGAGACUACUCUGGCUCUCCCUAACAUAUACAGUCCCUGUUCUUUGGCAUCAGGUGACUUGGAACCCAUCCUGCGGGUCUGCCUCCUGGAUCCCAGCUUCCCUGCGUUUGUAGAGAAGGUACAGGAGGAGUUGGAGAAACUGCAAGAAGAGUGAAAAAAAUCUCACCACCAGCUGAAGGCAGAAAGCUCAAUUCACAUCCCGAAACCAGGUCCUUUCCCACCGCAACACACAUGGAUACAUUGUAUUGAAUUAGGAGUCAUGCAGCUACAGCAGUGAAUCUAUGCCAGCUUUCAAGUGAUCCCACAAGAUUAAAGCUUCACUGAGUAAAACAAACUGCCCUCCAUAUAUCUAUUUAAGAAUACAUAUUGCAUAGGAUUAUAGCCAUGCUAUACAGUUAAA